AUCAGGAUUUCUGCUUCCCAAAGCUUGGGCGGAUGGAGGAGGAGGCUGCGAGGAAGAGGAAGAUGCCGCGGGCCCCCCAGGCAGGCCCCGAGGUGAGGCCGGAGAGUGCGGAGGACAAAUCCCGGCGGCAGAGCCUGGUGGGAGAGGCCGUUUUGAAGGGCUCCCCGGCGCAGGAAGGCAGCGGGGAGGAAAAGGGCCGGAGAUGCCUCCGCAGAAAGGGCUCCAAAGCCAGCCCAGGGGGCUGUGAGGAGGAAAGAGCCAGCGUGUGCCGGGAAGGCGGCCGGAGCUUGAGGCGGAGCUGCGAGCUGGUGGUCCCUGAGCAGCCUCCCAGCAGGGAAAAGUGCUUCAGGUGUUUGGAAUGUGGGAAGAGCUUCAGCAGGAGUACCCACCUCCUGAGGCACGAGCACAUCCACACUGGGGAACGGCCCUACACGUGUGGGGAGUGUGGGAAGAGCUUCAAACGGAGCUCCCACCUGCUCCAACACCAGAUGAUACACAGUGGGGAAAGACCCUACACAUGUGGGGAGUGUGGGAAGAGCUUCAAUCAGAGCUCCAACCUCCGCAUGCACCGUCGCAUCCACAAAUAG